GAAAGCUAAAACAAGUACAGACUACGGAGCCAAAAGCGACGACGAAACCGGGUGCUCCGACUGUCCGUCAUGAUCGGCCUAAACAAGCUGGGCACAGCAAUUACGGUGAUCAUCGCUCUCGCUCUCGCCGCUCUCUUCCUUGAAAUCCUCUACGUGCUCUGGCGCCGUCACAGGCUCCGUCGGUGCACCCACUCUGACCCCGGAACCCACAAGCUACUCCUCCACCUCCUGUGUUGGAAACGAAAGUCCCGCGUGGAACCCCAACGGACAUCCCCUACCACUUCGUCUUCUUCUCCGCCGGAGCUAGCUGAACAGGUGAUCAAGUGGCAGUGUCUGCACGGCCCCUCCAGGGUUCUGUUCACCAUCAAGGAGGAGGACAGAGAGGGGCUGGACUCCGAGAACUUUUCCUCGGCGGAAAGCGUCCUCAAGACGAAAAGGGUGUUUUACGCUGCUGCUGCUGAGUCUGGUGGCGGAGAUGAAAGCGUGGAAGAAGUGGAAGUGAUCAUAGAGACGACACCGUUUUCGACGCCUUGCGCUUCACCUCCUUACUUUACUCCGUCAUCUUCGCCGGUUCGAGAGCCGGGAAAUAGUAACGGAUGCCUGAUGAUACACUCCCCGACUGCAAAACAAGAGCCUCUUUCAAAAAGCGAGCAAGGCUUUAUGAAAGAAGAUGCCCAGGUGGAUCGAGUUUUAAGUUAGAUCCUUAGGAGGUUACCGACCAGCAAGUUAUGGAUGUGAAAGAGUCCGCCGGGUCCGUCGCCCCAAAAACUUUGCCGUUUGCUUCCAUUUUGUUCCCUCUGGUUAAUCUCACAAGACGAUCACAGCAUCUUCUGCCGGACAAGUUUUCUUUUUGUUAUGUAUUUAUUUUUCCCUUCAGGCCAGCACUGGACAACUCGCCUCUUUUCGAUUUUUUUUUUUUUUGGAGUAAAGCCCUGUUAGAAGUUAGAACCUAGAACUAGAAUUAGUGUUUUCCUUUUUCCGUGAAGCAUAGUACACUGAAUCCCUUUGAAAUUUCUUCACAUCUUUCCCCAUA